AUGGGUCUUGGAGUACUGGAAGAUACGAAACUCGCCAAUGUCCCAGGCACCUCCGAUAUCUACGAGCAAAACAGCGAUGCGAACGACCAGACCCCAGGUAUUUCAGGCCUCAAAUGCGACUGCUCGGGCAAGCAGCCGAUUAUCCUCGUCCCGCAACCGAGCAAUGAUCCAAACGACCCAUUGAACUGGCCAUUAUGGCGACGGGAUAUGAUCCUUGCCAUUCUCUCCUUCGUGACCAUCCUUUGCACAACCCUAAGCUCCAUUCUAGCCGCAAAUACGGUUACCAUCGCGGAUUACGAGGAAAUCACGUUCACAGCAGCCGCUUUGUUGACUGGAUAUCACCUCUGCGGUGUCGGUGUGGCGGGCAUCCUGAUUGUGCCCACGGCUCGAGUUUGGGGUAAACGUCAUCUAUUCUUGAUCGGGCAUGUCUUGAUGAUUAUCAGCUGCAUCUGGGCUGGGGGCGUUGCAUUGGCGCCGUUUGAGGCGUUGGUCAAUGCCUGCGUUGGAGACCUUUAUUUCGUUCAUGAACGAGGAAAGCGAAUGGCUGUAUCUAAUGUCGCACUUUUUGGUGCGGCCUUCCUGACUCCCGUUGUGGUAGGCAAGAUCACGAAGUCUAUGGGUUGGCAGUGGUCUUUCUACUUUGUGGCAAUUUUCCUCGGUGCUUCAUUGCCAUUGAUGUUCUUCUUCGUGCCUGAGACUGCUUUCCGGCGCUCUGAUUAUUUAAACACAGACUUCAAGCGAAGCAGUGGGCAUGGCGAGUCCAUGGAGUCUCAUGUUUCGCUCAGUGGAGCUUCCACUGAUGAUACUAAAGAGCUUAGAUCAGGCUCUAACGAUCUGAACGGAAGCUCGAAGGCCGAAGCCGCGAUAACAGUCCCCGAGAAACAUUCAUUCGCUCAGUCGCUCAAGCUUUUCGACGGACGAAAGACAGAUGAAAGCUUCUUCAAGUUGCUCCUUCGUCCAUUCCCGUUGUUCUUCCAUCCAGGCAUCUUCUGGGCUUGCCUGAUCCAAGGCGUUGUCAUUGGAUGGGCGGUAUUUGUCGGUGUGGUUCUAGCAAUUGUGUUUCUGGGACCCCCAAUGUGGUUCGAGGAAGACAAAACCGGAUAUCUUUACACAGGUGCCUUCAUUGGUUCCGUUGUGGGCCUCAUCCUGUCCGGCCUUCUUUCUGACUCCAUUAACAAGUUAAUGAUCCGGCUCAACCACGGCAAAUAUGAGCCUGAAUUCCGGAUCCUGUUGGUGAUCCCCCAGCUCAUUUUCUGCGGUAUCGGACUAUACGGGUUCGGAUGGACUGCAGAUAAUGUGAUGCACUAUGGCUGGCUGCUACCGGAUGUAUUCUUUGCAUUCUUGAUCGUCGGUAUGGUGAUGGGAGCCGUUGCUGCUUCACUCUAUGUCGUCGAUGCUCAUCGCGAGAUUGCCAUUGAGGCUUUUACAUGCAUGCUCGUUUUCAAAAAUAUGUUCAGCUUUGUUCUGACAUUCUUUGCCUACAAAUGGUUCGCCCACGGAGGCAUCAAACACACCAUGAUCAUUAUCGGGAGCAUCCAAGUAGGCAUCUGUCUGUUGAGCAUCCCCAUGUAUGUUUUUGGGAAAUGGAACCGGUCUUUCUUUGCCCGUCAUGACAUCCUCGAGAUGCUUCAUCUCCGUUAA